AAUUUUGCUUUCAGUCAGAGAUUCAGGUCUGAGAGUCUGAUGGCAGCUCUAUCUGAAAAUCUGCUGACAGUCAGCAUCUUACUUUGUCUCUUCUUUCUCCCAGGGACUUUGGAAACUUGUUCUCAUAAACCACGGCUGUUCAUCAGAUCACUACAAACAAUGAAGGCAUUGAGUGGAUCCUGUUUACACAUCCCAUGUAAUUUCGGUAUUAAACCAGAGAAGGAGCUUGAAGAUGAAAACCCCAUCUAUGGAAUCUGGAUCAAAAGUGACCUGAGGUUUGCCAUGGCUCCACAAAAUGUUGUGUUCAACAGCAGCAAGUCCGUUAACAUCUUUCAAAUGAACAUAGCGGGAAAUCUGAGAGCGAGAGACUGCACCACUCUCUUCUCCAACUUACGAGCAAAUCAGAUGGACGUGUAUUAUUUCAGAAUGGAGAACGGUCACUUUAUGAGCACGGCCUCUUGUAACCCUAUUCGAAUCGAAGUUGAAGAUUCUCCUUGGACUCCCACCAUUAAUAUUUCCGCCGGUGACCUGAAGGAGCAUCAGUCUGUCACUGUAACCUGCUCAGCUUUCACUCCCUGUCCACACUCACCUCCUGAACUCACCUGGAAUCUCCAACAAGACUCUCUCAGACAAACAGAGAAAAACACAGAUGGAACCUUUACAACUAAAAUCCAGGAGAACAUCACUCUGUCAGACACACAUGAUGGAUACAACAUCAGAUGUUCUGCCAGAUAUCCUGUGAUUGGAGGAAACAAGACAGCAGAGACAGAAGUGACUCUCAGUGUUUCAUAUGCUCCUAAAUACACCUCAGCAUCCAUCAGUCCAUCAAGUUUGGUGUCAGCAGGUAGCUGGGUGGAGCUGAGCUGCUCCAGCAGAGCCAAACCUCCGAUCAGGAGCUUCACCUGGUUCAGGAACAGCGAACAUGGAGCCGUUAAAGUUGCUGUGGGUCAGGUUUACAGACUCCAGAUGACCAACAUGACAGAUCUGAGAAGUUAUUACUGUGAGGCUGAAAAUAUUCUGGGGCGUCAGACAUCCAAAUGGUGUUAUUCAAAAGAGCCAG